AUGGGUUUGGCAUUUUACAAACCCAUCUUUGAGAAAUUAGAGGGUUCUGUCAUACCAGCUCAUAGUUCUGCCGGGUUAGCCGGUAUCUGCACAGGUAUAACUCAAGCAGUAACACUAGUAACACCGCUCGAGAUGAUCAAAGUCCGUCAACAAACCGAGAUGGUCCAAAACCAAACUCAACGAAAGUAUCAUGGCUUAUUAAACACAGCAUCCAUCAUUGUCCGUCAAGAAGGCGGUCUCAUGGCAACGGUUGCUAGACAAUCUUGGGGUCUACUUGUCAAAUUUUCGGCUUAUGUUGAGAUGAAGGCCAUGUUUGAAAGAGCAUCGGGUAACCCAGAUGCACCAUUAAAACCAUGGCAGCAUAUGGUGAGUGGAGGUAUGGCCAAUGUUCUUGUUGGUGUCUUAAACUCGCCACCAGAUGUAGUUAAAACAAGAAUGCAAGAUGCUGGAAGGUCCUAUACUGGAACUCUGGACUGCGUGAAAUCCAUGAUAAAAACCGAAGGUCUGUCCUCAUUUUUUCGUGGAUCUUGGCUUCGUAUCAUACGUAUUGCGCCAGGUAAGUGA